AUGAUUCGCUGCUUUUGGAUUACUGUACUUUGUCUCGGAUUCACUGGAGCCAUCCCCCCGAUAUUCAAUCCGUGAGUUCAAGGGAAACAAGAACAAAAAAGACGAACUGUUUUUCAGAAUAGUCGAAAAAUUGGUGGACUACAAAGACGCCGAGAAUACUGUACAACAAGGGUUUCUUGCUUAUCCAGCGUACGUUCUGACACAUUUUUGGAAAGUAAAAAAUAAUUUCAGAUUUGCAAGUCCAUUUUAUAAACGUCCAGCAGUGAUUGUUUUCCACGCUUUUACUGGACGAACCGAUUUUGAUAAUGGAAAAGCCAGAUCUCUUGCCAAGGUACAGAAUAAUUACUAAAAAUAACUUGUAAUUGUUAAAAAGAUUAGUCUUGGAACGUAAAUUCUUGUGUUCAGCUUGGCUACGUGGCAUUUGCCGCAGAUACAUAUGGAAAAGGUAAGACCGCUUCAACUGUCGACGGAAAUUUCGCUAUUAUGGGCUCGCUUUUGGCUAACAGGUCACCCAAAAUGUCAAAGUGAACCGUUUCAAUAAUGACUGGAAUUUCAGAACAACGACGCUCCGCAAUCGAAUUGUGAGCUCUUGGAACUAUGUGAAGGCUCUUCCGUUUGUGGACACCAACAAUAUCGGAUCGAUUGGAUUCUGUUUCGGUGGACUAUGCACUUUGGAUCUGGCUAGAUUCAAUAUUGGUCUAAAAGCCGCAGUAUCUUUCCACGGAACACUUACGGAUUAUCCUGGAAAUGGAACGUAAGUUGGGUCUUUUAAAGAAUCUUGGGGGCUGUUCUCACUGCGUUUGGGACUGCUACACUACAAACAACAAAAGUUGGGCGCUGCUCUCGUGAAAUUCAUCAGUGCAAGACGAAUUUUCAGCUCAGUCGACGCUUCCGUUCAAGCGCAUCACGGAGACGAAGAUCCCUACACCACAAACGCGGACGCCGACGCCUUCUUGGUCGAAAUGAGAAGACGUAACGGCGAUUGGUCGUUCUCUCGAUAUGCUCAUGCUCUCCACGCUUUCACUCUUCCCGGAAUCGAAAAUUGGGGAAUCCCCGGAGCCGCUUUUGAUCCGAUCGCUUCCAAUCGUUCCUGGUCCGCUAUGGAAGCAUUCCUGGCCGAGAAAUUGCUCAACUGA